CGUCGACGUUCAGCACAGUUCAGCUUACAACUUCUGCGCGUGUGGAUGUUUUGUUUGUAACGGCUUUUGGCUAGAGUUUCCUAGUUUGUACACGACCUCUUUUUGCAGAAUGGCCCCUGUUACAAGAAAAAGCGUCGCCGAUAAGCGCGGAUCGGACGAGCCCGUUGCCGCUGAACCGCCCGCACCAAAGAUUCCUCCGCCGCGCCGGGGUGUGGUCGGUGGGGAAGCGGAAAACGUCCGGGUGGUCAACUUGCCUAGCCCUCCGAAACGUGCUCUUGAGAAACCAAAGGAGGAGGAGAAGGAAGAGGUUACAGACGAUGAAGUUAUUGAUGUGGAGGAUUAUGACGAGAAGUGUCGUAUGAUCCGCAUUAUAAUUAGGGCCCUUCGGGCCGAACUGGGCGUUAAAAAGGAGAAGCGGUCGAAAACGGUUAAAAUUAAACAAGAACCGUGAAUCGUUGCAAACAUUGGUUUUUGACUGUAAUCAUAAUUUCUGUAUUUAACUUUUGCGACGAAAUAUAACCAUAAUCUGAGCCGUUGAUU